AUGGCUGCACCCAAGAGCAUUCCGGCUCUUAUCGAGUCUUUGACUCAAUCAUUAACGUCCGCCAUCGAGAUUGGCCCGAAAAUUUCGGCUUUAGAGGUCCCUGAAAAUGGUGUUUCCCUCUUAGAUGUCAAGAAUGAGCUUUUGCUCAGCUACCUCCAGAACCUCGCGUUCCUUAUCCUCGUCAAGCUACGGAACUCCAAGACCCAGGACAAGCAAGACUCGACUGAAACAUACAACGAUGUGGUGAAAAAGCUUACGGAACUACGACUCUACCUCGAGAAAGGCGUUCGGCCGCUCGAGGAAAAGUUACGAUUCUCGCUCGAAAACAUGCUUCGAGCUGCCGACGACGCUGAGCGCAAGAAGGCGGGUGCUGAAAUGGAAUCGGCCAGGUCAAAGAGCAAGAAGUCAAGAGGCGACGGAGAAAGUGGUAGCGAACAAGAUAGCGACGAGGAUGCCGGCAGCGACGAAGACGACGAGGACGAAGAUGAGGAUGAGAAACCACGACGACCCCAACUCGCAGGUUUCAAGAAACUAAUCGACGUCGACCCUCCCAAAACGUCGGACGAGAACCCGGGCGUCUGGCGUCCCUCCAAAACAAGGCGUGUUAUCAUGCCCGAGCUUGACAAGCGCGAGCGUAGGGAAAGAGUACCAACAAGAUCCUCAGCCGUGGAGGAGUACGUUGCGAACGAGCUCAUCUCUGGUCCCAUGGCCGAGCCUAGCGUGGGAACCACGAUUCUCGACCGUGGCAGGACAGUCAAGACGGCAGAGGAACGCAAACGGGACGAUGAGAGACGAGAUUACGAAGAACGAAACUUCACUCGUCUGCCCGUCCCCGGGAAGAAGGAGCGUACGAAGCAGGCCAAGCAGGCCGGAAAGAGCGGGCGCAUGGUCUUUGGCGGAGAAGAGUGGAGGGACCUUGGAGAGGGAGUCAAUCGAAUCGACCGCCUCACGCAGAAGAAGGGCGGGUCAACAGGAACCCGCGCGCUGCUCGAGAAGAGUCGCAAGCGUCAGCAUGAAAGCACAGAUGGGCCGAGGCAAAGCGGGGCCCGAGUCGAGAUGGGUGAACGCUUCAAUAAGCGACUCAAGGUUCUCGAGGCCGGACGCAGAGAUCGGGGCAAGAAUAGGAAGUAG